AUGGGCAUACAUACACACCCGGACGCACACCAACACAGCGUGUGUGUCUGUGUGUUGAGCCUGGCGCCCCGAAUUCAACCGGUGUGGACUUGGGAGGAGCGCGAUUACUCCCGAGUCUCACCCGCGGGACCAGAUACUGUUCUUGUCCCCCCGACCGUACUUUUAAAAGGUGGAUUCUCCACAGUUUUCUUGGUGCGGACUCAUGGUGGAAUCCGAUGUGCAUUGAAGCGAAUGUAUGUCAAUAACAUGACAGACCUCAACAUUUGUAAAAGGGAAAUUACAAUUAUGAAAGAACUAUCAGGUCACAAAAAUAUUGUGGGUUAUCUGGAUUGUGCUGUUAAUUCAUUUAGUGAUAAUGUAUGGGAAGUUCUUAUCUUAAUGGAAUACUGUCGAGCUGGGCAGGUCGUAAAUCAGAUGAAUAAGAAGCUGCAGACAGGUUUUACAGAACCUGAAGUGUUACAGAUCUUCUGUGAUACCUGUGAAGCAGUUGCAAGAUUACACCAGUGUAAGACUCCAAUAAUUCACCGGGAUCUGAAGCCAAAUGUAAACUUCAUGAAGGCGGGAAUAUAUACGACUCUGUCAUACAGAGCACCUGAAAUGAUUAACCUUUAUGGAGGGAAACCCAUCACCACCAAGGCUGAUAUCUGGGCCUUGGGAUGUUUACUGUAUAAACUUUGUUUCUUCACUCUUCCUUUUGGUGAGAGUCAGGUUGCUAUCUGUGAUGGCAGCUUCACCAUCCCAGACAAUUCUCGGUAUUCUCAUGACAUACAUUGUUUGAUAAGAUUCAUGCUUGAACCAGAUCCAGAGCAUAGACCUGAUAUAUUUCAGGUGUCUUAUUUUGCAUUUAAGUUUGCCAAAAAGGAUUGUCCAGUCUCCAAUAUCAAUAAUUCCUCUAUUCCUUCAGCUCUUCCUGAACCGAUGACUGCUAGUGAAGCAGCUGCUAGGAAAAGCCAAAUGAAAGCCAGAAUAACAGAUACCAUUGGACCAACAGAAACCUCAAUUGCACCAAGACAAAGACCAAAGGCCUACUCUACUACUACUAGUGUGUUGACCAUACAGAGUUCAACAACACCUGUUAAAGUCCCUGUUCCUGGUGAAUUCAGUAACCACAGACCAAAAGGAGCAAUGAGACCUGGAAAUAGUCCUGAAAUGUUACUGGGUCAGGGGCUCCCUCAGCAGCCUCCACAGCAGCAUAGAGUACUUCAACAACUACAACAGGGAGAUUGGAGAUUACAGCAACUUCAGUUGGAGCAUCCCCAACCUCACCACCAGCAGCAGCAGCAGCAACAGCAGCUACUUCAGGAUGCUUAUAUGCAGCAGUAUCAACAUGCAGUGCAGCAGCAACAGAUACUGCAGCAACAGUUUUUAAUGCAUUCAGUAUAUCAGCCACAACCUCCUGCAUCACAGUAUACCACAAUGAUGCAGCAGUAUCAGCAAGCUUUUUUACAACAACAGAUGCUAACUCAGCGCCAGCAGUCUCAACACCAAGCAUCACCUGAAUAUCUUACAUCCCCUCAAGACUUCUCACCAGCCUUAGUCUCCUAUGCCUCAUCACUUCCAGGUCAGGUUGGAACCAUGGACUCCUCUUACAGUACCAGUAGAUCAAUUGCUGAAAAAGAAGCAGUGGCAACUUUUACAGAUCAGAAGAACAUCAGUAACCCACCUGAUAUGUCAGGGUGGAAUCCUUUUGGAGAAGAUAAUUUUUCCAAUUUAACAGAAGAGGAACUUUUGGACAGAGAAUUUGACCUUCUAAGAUCAAACAGGCUCAAGGAGAGAGCAUCCUCAGAUAAGAAUGUAGACCCACUUUCUGCUCCACUUAACCAUCCUCCAGAAGAUCCUUUUGGUUCUGUUCCUUUCAUUGCUCACUCAGGUUCUCCUGAAAAGAAAGUUGAACUUUCAUCCAUGAACGAAGAAAACAGCACUGCAAGCCCUGUCAAAAAUGGAAAAGCAGGUCCAGUAUCUAAAGAGCAGAGGACUGGAAAGAAAACUUCAGAGCAUUCAUCUGUACGAGGCCAAGGGCAAGAGGGGAAUGAUGACUCGGAAAGUGAUUUCGAAUCAGAUCCACCUUCUCCAAAGAGCAGCGAGGAGGAAGAGCAAGAGGAUGAAGAGGGUCCAGGAGAACAAGGAGAUUUUAAUGAUGAUGAUACUGAACCAGAAAACCUAGGUCAUAGGCCUCUCCUCAUGGAUUCUGAGGAUGAGGAGGAAGAGGAGAAACACAGCUCUGAUUCUGAGGAGUAUGAGCAGGCUAAAGCAAAGUAUAGUGACAUGAGCACUGAGUACAGAGAAAAGCCUGGCAGCAGACCACCCCAAGAUCCUAAAACAGAGCUCUGCACCCCAAUCCAUCUACCCUCCAAUGUUGGGGUAGAGACUCGGACACAGGAGUUCGAUGUUUUUGGCGCAGUCCCUUUCUUUGCAGUACGUACUCAGCAGCCCCCGCAAGAACGUGAAAGGAAUCUCCCUCACCAGAUGUUUCCUACUGUGGGACUAGAGCAAGAGGAAUUCGAUGUGUUCACAAAGGCGCCUUUCAGCAAGAAAAUGAGUGUACAGGACUGCUCUUUGGUGGGGCCUGAGGCACGUCCUCUCCUUAGUCGCUCCCAAAGUGUAGAUAUAUUUGGCUCCACUCCCUUUCAACCCUUUUCCAUGUCAGCAAGUAAAAGUGAAAGCAGGGAGGACCUUUUUGGACUCGUGCCCUUUGAGGAAAUAACUGGGAGUCAGCAGCACAAAGCCAAGCAGCGCAGCUUACAGAAACUGUCCUCUCGCCAGAGGCGCACCAAGCAGGAUAUGUCCAAAAGUAACGGGAAGCGGCAUCAUGGCACACCAACUAGCUCUAAGAAGACUUUGAAGCCUACCUACCGCACUCCAGAGAGGGCUCGCAGGCACAAAAAAGUGGGCCGCCGAGACUCUCAGAGCAGCAAUGAGUUUUUAACCAUCUCAGACUCCAAGGAGAACAUUAGCGUCGCACUGACUGAGGGCAAAGACAGGGGGAAUGUCCUACAACCUGAGGAGAGUCUGUUGGAUCCCUUUGGUGCCAAGCCUUUUCAUCCUCCAGACCUGUCUUGGCACCAGUCACACCAGGGCCUGAGCGACAUUCGUGCUGAUCACAAUACUGUCCUGCCUGGGCGGCCAAGACAGAAUUCACUACAUGGGUCAUUCCACAGUGCGGAAGCGUUGAAAAUGGAUGACUUUGGUGCCGUGCCCUUUACAGAACUUGUGGUGCAAAGCAUCACGCCACAUCAGUCCCAACAGGCCCCAACAGUCGAAUUAGACCCAUUUGGUGCUGCUCCAUUUCCUUCUAAACAGUAGAUACUUCUGAUGGAUGCUCUGCAUUAACUCCUGUUUCAAAAGAGUAUGAGAUAGUUUUGUGAAUUUACAAGAAAAUUUAUUUGUAUAGCUCUUUGUAUCAUUCAUUCUUACAGGUUAAUCAGGAUAGGUGAUUUUUAAAUAAACCAAAUAGAAAAAGGAAGUAUCUCUACAGGGUAGUAACUUUUGAUGCCACAUAUAAGGAGACGAGAGCUAACCUGAAAAGUCUAUGGGUUUCUGUUUCUGACACCACGCCACGGUGUGUAAUUCAGUGGGAGCCCAUGGCACCUGUCUAGUGUAGUCAGGAGAAGGGACAGGAGAGAUGGAUAGCACUAGUUUUGAUAUUAGGCUGAUUUGUACAUAUAUAGGUUGCAUUUAAGGUUUCUUCUAAUUCCCAUACAAUUUAAAAAAAUCUACUUCUCUCAAAAAAUUAGCAAGGUAUCUGGAAAGCGCAUAGAUUUUAGUACCUUUCUCUACAAAGCAGAGCCAGAACUAUUGUGCCUAAAACUAUUGCAUUAAAAAAAAACAAGUGCCAUUAAUAUGGAAUAUCUAAUAAUAUGUGAAAUAAUGUAUAUAUUAGCUCAGUUUAGACCUCUACAGUGUAUACAUAAAUGACAUAAAUACAUACAAAAUGACAUAAAUACAUACAAUUUUUGUCAUUGACAUCUCCAAAACCUGGAAUAGCUAAUGGACAUCUAGAAAAAUACCUGGCAUUUGAAAAAUAAUGAUAGGAAAGAAAAGAAUUCAGAAUUCAACACUUUAGAAACAUUUUAUAUUGUUUUAUUAUCAUGUCCUUAAUGAAGCAAAGUACUGAAAAAAUUGGGAGUUAGGACAAGGAUUAUAUUAUAUAAAACUUUUAUUUCAGGAAAAAAUGUAGCUGAAACCUUGAAUUUUUAAAAUGUUUACAAUGUAGCGUCAUUUUGCAUUUAAUAAUGUACUUUAUUAAUUUCUACCUUCGCCAUAUAUUCUCCAUUUUGAGCAACAGUCAUUUUACUUUGGUUUAGAGGGUGGAGUAGUUUUAAUAGUGCACACAACAGUGACACCCAUAAAGCCUUAUAGGCAGGAAUCACACAUCCUGCUCAUGUACCUCUGCACUAAUACCACAUCUGCCAAUGGAUUCAAGGGUUGCAUGAGGGACUAGCAUCUGCUAGCUGACUGUGUCUUUAGGGGAAAAAAUCCAGCUACCAAAUUGCCUUUUUUAAAGUAUCACAAAUCCUAAGUAUAAACUUGAGGUUUUAUAGAAAUUGUGUGUAAUGAAUUAAUGUGACUACAGUAUCUUGUGCUUCCUGCUCUAAGUUAUAGUUUUUCCCUGUAGACUAAUAUUUGAAGUUUCUUGAACUGUUAAAGCUAUUUACAAACAGGAGUGGAAACUAUAGUCUGGCAUUCUCCUGAUUGCUACAUUUUUAAUUCUCUACACCCAAUUAAAGUAUAUUUUAUGAGUAAUAGUAUCUCUUAAUUAUAGUGCCCUAGUUGGGUUUUUGCAAACUAUAUGUAACUGACUACAUACUCAUGUUUUAAUUUUUUUUUCUGUAUGCUAUGUUAGAUAGUACAGGAUAGCUAAACUGUGUGAAUCACAAUGUAGCAGAGGCAGAUCAAGCAUUAUGUUUCACUACUUACAGCUGUGCUUUAGAGUGGAUUACACCAAUAACUGUCCUUAUGCCAAAGGGAAAUAAGUUUGCACCUUUUUAUUUAUUCUCAGGUUAAUUAAUACUGCUAAUGCAAAUGCCUAAGUAGUUUUUCUUUUAAAAUAGGUUUAAGUGAAGAGUUGAUUACACGUAGUAAACUGAUGACCUACAAUAGGAUUCUAUCAAAUAGAACU